UAGCGAGCGGAACUUGGUUGUCACUUAGUAUUGGGUAAGGUCAGCCCGGAGUCGGUAUCGUUCGUCGGUGGUAGCGGUUCGUCGCCCGCGUGAUCUCGUAGCGAUUCCUCGCUCCGCUCGUGCACGACAGUUAGUACUUGGGAUAAGCGAUUGACUGUCUAAGGGCGCGCCGGGCCUUCUUACCUUCGCAGAACUCAUUCUGUGCGUCGACACCACACCCGUGCGAUCGGCGUACCGAUGUUUCACAGUUCUCCAAUCUCCACUGGAGUAAGUCACUUGUGUUUGGAUUUCUCUCCCUCUCCCUUUCCCUCUGUCUCUCUCUUUCUCUCUCUAUCUCGGGGUUGUUGGUUUCCUCCUCUGUCACGGGAGAACAAACAAGAGUACCGACCGGCGACGAUCUCUUGUUUUAAUCGCGCCAUCGAUUAAAUCGCAUCGUCGUUGUCAUCGUCGUCGUCGUCGUUGUCGUCGUCGUCGUUGUCGUCGUCGUCUCCGUCUCGGUUUCCGCAUCAUCAUCUCGCCGUUAGUGAUCACGCCUGUGCUCGGAGAGAACGCACGAGAUGUCAAAGUGAGGACGGAGCCACCACGGAGCAUCGUGUAGCAUGGCAUUGUCUUGCCUGCGCGAAGUGCAGAUUUAUGCAGGACUCCUGAUCAGUCAGCACAUGAUGCAGGACCCCGAGAACAACACUCAGGUCGACAGCGCGCCGCAAAGAAUGUUUCCCAUGUUCGAUCCCGCGACAGGAGGACUGCCGAUAACCCAGGAGCAGCUAAUUGCUAGCGCGAAUCAGGCGAGGAUGAGGAUAGCCAUGAUGGCUGCCGCGACUCGACUUCCCAUAUCGUUACACGCUACCCUGGCCACGUCCCCGUCGCUCUACUCGCAGGAUCUCUUUGGCAGUUGGAUACCGCGAAUAGCGUCCUCGCCGCCAUCUCCCAUUCGCCCACCGCCCACCGAAGUGUCCUCGGCUCCCAACACGAAGCCCACGUCCCGGCGAAAUAACAAUAACAACAACAAUAACAAUAAUAACAAUAACGAUAACAGCGACAACAACAACGACGAUGACAGAAUCGUCAGGCGGGGUCGCGCCGCGAAAAGGAAACCCACGAAAUCGAAAGCGGAGGCUGUGACGGAAGGCGGAGACCCGGUCAGUCCUUCCAUCAGUCCCGAGACGACGAAAGACAGUAAAGAUAAGGUUUUCACUUGCGGCGUAUGCCAGAGAUCCUUCGGUUACAAGCACGUGCUGCAGAAUCACGAACGUACGCAUACGGGCGAAAAACCUUUCCAGUGCCGAGAAUGCCAAAAAAGAUUUACCCGGGACCAUCAUCUCAAGACGCAUAUGCGACUCCACACAGGCGAGAAGCCUUACAAAUGCAAGUAUUGCGAGCGAAAGUUCGUCCAGGUGGCGAAUCUCCGUCGCCAUCUACGCGUACAUACGGGCGAACGGCCAUACGCCUGUGACGUAUGCACGUCCAGGUUCAGCGAUUCAAAUCAGCUGAAGGCGCAUAUGUUGAUACAUAAGAACGAGAAGCCGUUCGAGUGUGAGAGCUGUCAAAUGCGUUUCCGACGGCGGCACCAUUUGCAGCAGCACAAGUGCGGUAACGCGACGCAGGAGUCACCGCCGGACGCCGGCUCGCCUCCGUCGUUGAACAGCGACGAGCUCGACUCGGAGGAGUACGUCGACGUUGACGUCGACGUGGACAUGGACGGGGGGGAGCAGGCGCCAGGAGACGAAGAAGCGGAAGGGAUCGCGCUCAACGCCAGCAGAAAGUACAUCACGCCGAUCAACAGACUGGCCCGUCAUCUGCGAAUUAAUCCCGAGCUGAACGGUCCCGUGUACCCGGCCUCGAUGCCGCUGAAUCCAGCCCCGGUCGUUUUGCCGGUGCAAACGGAACCCGAGGAUUUGUCCAUGAACAAAUCGUCGUCACGCAGAUCGCACUCCGGCGGCAGCAACAACUCCUCGCUAAACGCCGACGUGAGCAACGAGGACGUGAGCAACGAGACCAAUCUGGACGAGAACGACGAAGAGGAUGAGGCGACCAUGUUCCUGAGGCGCUCCCGCGCUCAUCGUCAGCAAGUGGUCAUCGAUAGUGAUCACGCCUCCUAG